UGAUGGAGAGAGAGAGGGGGCAGGCGAAGGAGCGCAUCUCCCCCCCUCCCCUCCCCUCCCCUCCCCACCGGGAGAAGAGCCGGCGGCCAAGCCAGCUUCGCCUCCUCUUUGCAAGUCAGCGGGGAGGCGUGGUGUGGCCGGGCGGGCGGGCGGGCGGGGUGGCGCGUCUUGCUUCCCGGGGAAGUGCGAGUCGGCGGAGCGAUCCGGCCGGAGGGGAGGACGAGCAGGAGCGGCAGCAGAAGCAGCUGGAGGAGGAGGAGGAGGAGAAGCCCGGAGGAGCAUGGAGGCGGCGCCCGGGCAAAGCCAACGGCCGGCCGGGCAAAAACGAUGGAGAGAGCCCUUGGUCGCUUAGCUUCCUCCCGGCGGUGCCCAUCUUCCCGGCCGGGCUCGGAUGCGGCUCCGACCGGCCGGCCGAUCCCGGAGCAUCCAGCCCCUCCAGGAUGAGCAGCAGCGCCGGCGGAGGCGGCGGAGGCAGCGGCACAGGCGGAGGCAGCGGCGAAGUGGUUUGCUCCGGCUGGCUCCGCAAAUCGCCGCCGGAGAAGAAGUUAAGGCGAUACGCCUGGAAGAAACGAUGGUUUAUCCUUCGCAGUGGGCGGAUGAGCGGUGAUCCCGAUGUCCUAGAGUACUACAAAAACAAUCACUCCAAGAAGCCGCUGCGCGUGAUCAACCUCAACUUUUGCGAACAAGUGGACGCCGGGUUGACCUUCAACAAGAAGGAACUGCAGGAUAGUUUCGUCUUCGACAUCAAAACCAGCGAGAGGACCUUCUACCUGGUGGCGGAGACGGAGGAGGAAAUGAACAAGUGGGUGCGGAACAUUUGUCAGAUUUGCGGGUUCAACCAGUCGGAAGACCAUCCGGAUUCCUUACGAAACGUCCCCCUUGUGAGUCACGGUCCUCGUUCAUCCCCAGCCGAGUUCAGCGGCUCCAACCAACGGUUGUUGCGGGAACGGAAAACGUCGGCUCCUUCGCACUCCAGCCAACCCACGCUCUUCACUUUUGAGUCGCCUUCCAAUCACAUCCGGAGUACCCUUUCCACCAGCGCCCCUCAAGACUAUCUCUUUCUACACCAAUGCAUGAGCCAGAAAUCAGAAAAUACAAGGAGCGCCAGCUUCUCGCAAGCCACCCGGUUCUUCAUGAGGAGCGACCCGUCGGUUCAGAAACUGCCUCAGGAGAACGGACAUUGUGUCAACGGGUUGGGCGGGCAGCUCCACGGUUUCUACAGUUUGCCCAAACCCAACCGGCACAACUCGGAGCUCCGAGACAGCGCUUACGAUUUGCCCCGAAGUUUCGGCUGCUACGCCCACACCAAAUCCAGCCUCACCGGCUCCGAGACGUCGGAUAGCGAGGAGGUCUACACUUUCAAGACCCCCAACAGCACCCUUUGCAAAGACUUUGGAGAACUCUCCACGGAUUCCUACGACGUGCCCGGCACCCCUCUGUCCGUUUACCAGAUCCCGAGGACCUUCACGCUCGACAAAAACCACAAUGCCUUGGCGGUGGCUUCGAGCGAGGCGGUGGCGACGCCUCCCCCCAGGCCCCCUAAGCCGGGGCAGGCCGAAUCCCGCUGGGGCAGCCCCCAACAACGCCUGAUGGACAGCGAAGGCCUCAGCAUAAGUCCAACGGUCACCACCAUUCCCCGAAGGAACACCCUACCGGCAGUGGAAAACUGCAGGUUACACCGAGCCUCUUCCUGCGAAACCUAUGAAUAUCCUCAGCCCAGCGUCAGUGGCACGGGGCCGUCGGCCGAGUCUGCGAAUCUCUUUGGAGCCAGUUCGUAUCUGCAGAACAAAACCGUUGUGGCUCGUUCCCAUAGCGCGGACUCCGAAGACAACUACGUCCCCAUGAACCCAGGUUCUUCCCUCCUGCAGAGGAUGGAGCGCUCCGAUGACAGCUCCCAGAACCUCUACAUCCCCAUGAGCCCUGGGCCUCACCACCUGGACAUGAUGGCCCAUUCUUCCUCCACCUUCCCAGCUCAGAAAGGCAGCGGCAGCAGCUCUCAGCCCUUGAGGCGGAUGAGUGAAAUCCAGCCCCCACCCAUCAACCGCAACCUUAAGCCAGAUCGAAAAGCCAAACCGACCCCGCUUGACCUCAGGGGCAAUUCAGUCAUUGAUGAACUGCCCUUUAAAUCGCCAGUCACAAAAUCAUGGUCUAGACCCGGGCAAACCUUCAACUCCAACUUUUCUCAAUAUUGUCGUCCCACCUCAACCCAGAGUAUAACCAGCACCGACUCAGGAGAUAGUGAAGAAAAUUAUGUGGCCAUGCAAAACCCGGUUUCUGCAUCUCCCAUUCCAAGUGGGAAAAGUAGCCCCGCCCAAAAGAAAAGCACCGCGAGCGUCGAUUACCUGGCUUUGGACUUCCAGCCGAGCUCACCUGGGCCCCACCGAAAGCCCUCUACAUCGUCCGUCGCUUCUGACGAGAAGGUCGAUUACGUGCAGGUGGACAAAGAGAAGACGCAAGCUUUGCAGAGCACGAUGCAGGAGUGGACCGACGUCCGGCAGUCGUCUGAGCCCAGCAAGACGGUGAAGCAGUAGCCCAGCAGGGGCGUGGCGGAGAAACCAUAGAGGCUUCGAGUAAUCAAGGAGAGAGCAUCCCUUUGUCUCCCUUGCUGUGGACUUUCUCUUGGUCCUCUGUGGAGGCCGUUCGAGAUCGGCAAGAGCGGUUCUGCUUUUGAAAACAAGCUUCUUCAGGUGAACAUUUGGCUGAAAACCUGCAUCAAUCCUCCCAAAGGCAUUUUUCGGUUAUGGGUUAGCUGCUGGCUCUAUCCCAAGGAAUACUGGCUUCUCAUCCACCUGCCCGUAUCCAAACUUUCUUCAAUCCACUUUCAACCUGCAGCUCUCUAUUUUCGCAUCCAGCACUUACUCUUUGCGGUUUCCUGCCGUCGGUUGGAACUUUCAGCCUGAUUUCGGCCUCCUGGUUCUGCCUUUUAGAGAGGAUGGUAAUGAUAAUAAUAAUAAUGAUAAUAAUAAUAAUAAUGGCCAGCUACUCACCCUAAGUGGAUUUGAUUUUCAGCAGUCUCUUUACGGAGCUGUCUCAGCUGUUAUCGCUUCACACAAGGGCGAAGAAAUCUCCAAGCAAUGCCUUUAUUUUCCCUCUCUGCUCUUUAUGUAAAUUUACCGUCGUGCGAAUUCCUUCAAGUAUGCAAUUGUCCUUCGGAGGACAAGCAUGUCGAGAAACAAUCGCUGUUCACUGGUAUAAAUCAGCUUUUUGAAAUGCAUUACUCUGGAACUGAAAAUAACUCCUCGUCCGCCAUCUUCCCACUCAACAAGAUUUUCUCCUGGGAAUUUUAAGAAUGGGACCCUGCUCUGGAUGUUUUUGCAAUAGUUUCCCCUUUGUGGGAUAUAUGAUAUCGGUGUCCGAGAUCUUACAAUAGUUGAAUCUGCGUUGGGCAGUAUUUGGUACCUAGUGUGUGGUGUGUAGGACAGCAUUUGAUGUUGGACCUUUAGACUGAUGGCUAUAAAAGCCUUGAUAUUUAAAAGUCCAUCCACUCUUGUGUUUCAAGCUGCGUUUUGAUGCCUGGCUACCUAUCUCAAGCACUCCUCCUUCCAAGCAAAUAUUCAUUUUCAAAAUAAGGGGCUCAAGCAAUUGGGGCACUGGGCAAGAAGUUAGCAAGCCAGCGUUCGAGACCCGAGAACUGCCGUGGGACGGGGUUGAGCUCCCGUCUUUCUCUCUAGCUCUUGCCAGGGACAUGAAAGGAGACCACCACCACCCCCAACUGGGCACCCCCAGGGCAACGGUGAUGUCACCGGCUAAUUCUUCCAAUCCAGAAGCACCUCUGGGUUUCUGAAAUGAAUGCUCCCCCCCCCAAAAAAAAAUAUAACAAUUCAAAAUGCAUCGUUGAAUUUGGACUGUCACAAUUUAAAAAGCUGACUGAGUUGCACAACGCGUUAACCCAGGGUCAAGUAAAGAUGUAGCAGGUGCACUCGUGUGUGAUGCUAGAACACAUUUUGUGUUUGCUUAGAUAGUGUUUCCCUCCAUCCCCCCCCCCCGUAUGGUUUUAGGACAGAGGUGGGGGUACCAUGGCCCCUCCAUGACUUGUGGACUUCUACUCCCAGAAUUCCUGUGCCAGCCGGCUCAGGAAUUCUGGGAGUCGAAGUCCACAAGUCAUAAAAGGGCCAUGGUCCCCACCUCUGGUUUAGGAUAUUGUGAAUUGGGGUGUUGGGACGAUAGGAUUUCUGGGCCUGUGUGAUUUGUGAAUUAGACCAGAGGUCUCCAACCUUGGCAACUUUAAGACUUGUGGACUUUAACUCCCAGAAUUCUCCACGAAGCAUGCUUCAAGAUGGGUGGAUUUCAACUCCCAGAAUUCCUUAGCUAGCAUCCUUCAAGAUACAUAGACUUCAACUCCCAUAAUCCCUCAGCCAGCAUGAGGCACAAUUGAUACAUGAUACCUGGGGAAUUCUGGGAGUUGAAGUCCGCAAGUCUUAAAGUUGCCAAGGUUGGAGACCCCUGAAUUAGACGAUGGUUCGGUUCGGCGUUCAGAGUAUUAUGUGAAUAUAAUUAAAGGGCUGAGGUUUACGGGAAAGAGACAUACAGCACUGAACAACAAAUUUCUAUUUUACUCUUUUUCUGCAAUACAGAUAGUCCUCGUUUUACGACCACAACUGAGCCCAACAAUUCCACUGCUUAGCAAUAGUUAAAUGGGUUUUGCUCCGUUUCAUGGCCUUUCUUCCCACCAUCGUUAAGUGAAUCACUCCAGUUGGUAAAUUAGUAACCUGGUUGUUAAGUGAAUCUGGCUUCCCCAUUGGCUUUGCGGGCCAGCAGGUCGCAAAAGGAGAUCACGUGACCUCGGGACACCGCGGCCGUCAUAAAUAUGAGACCGUUGCCAAGCCUCCAAAUUUUGAGCACGGGGAAGCUUCAAUGGUCGUAAGUGUGAAAAAUGGUCACCAGUCCCUAUUUCAGUGGUGGGAUUCAAAUAAUUUAACAACUGGUUCUCUGUCCUAACGAUUUCAUCCAACAACCAGUUCACCAAACUGCUCAGAAAGUUAACAACCGGUUCUUCCGAAGGGGUGCGAACUGGUUGAAUCCCACCACUGCCCGAUUUUCAGUGCCGUAGUAACUUUGAAUGGUCACUAAACAAACGGUUGUAACUCGAGGACUGCCUGUAUUAUCAGCCUACUCCUUCUCUAAGGUCUUUGUUGUUGCUCUCUGUUAAUUCCUUAUCCAAGGAAGUUUCCACUAGUUCAUUGUUCAACGUCCUGAUUUUACAUCUAUCUGUAAGAAUCAAAAUUACUUGAUAUUUGCUUAUUGGUUAGAUUAAGAUCUGUUUGGGGGAACCGAAUAUAUAUACUGUUGUUAAGCGACUUUCCUGCAUUGGAGAUCUGUUGGCCGUCUCAUUCAGACAUGCACUUUAGAGAGAGUUUGUACAAAAAAACUCCAAACAAACCAAAAUUUUGCUUUGCUUGUAUCGAUAGACCAAGGACAAACCUCAGUUCAUAAACCUAUUUCCUGUCUCAGAGCUGUAUCCGUAAGGAUUGAGGGUGUGAUCCUAAACAACCUAUGCAGGUUUAAUCCAAGGUGCUUUCCCCCCCACAGAAGUGAUCUUAGGGCUUCCAUUCAAAUGCCUUUCCCCCCGAGCGCCUGCCGUUCGUUUGUUUUUUCCCGUCCUCUCUCUUUGCAGAGUUCUGAGUUCGGGUUCUGCUGCUUUUACCAAGGAAAACCCUCUGUGCCAGGUUCACACAACCUUUGCGGAGCUAAACUGUGACUGGCUACUUCCUGGCUCGAUGCAUAAUUCGGCGAGCUUUACGAGUUCCAACCAACAAGAUUCAUUCACAUAGCCACCUAUUCAGCUAACCACGGUUUGCUGGCUGCAUGGAAACCUAGCCUACGGGAUACAGUUGUUGUCCUGAGUUUGUGACUGUUAAAAUAAUUCUACCUUGACAAAAAAAAAAAUUUGUCUUAAAACCUGCGUAGCUCGCUCUGUUAAUUCCAGGGGGCAGUUUUCCUCUUACAGCAUCCUAUGAUUCCGCUUUUUUAAAAUGUAAGAUUUUUGCAGAGUUAGGAUAGACCAUCUUGAGUUUUUGCAUUUGAUUUCCAAUUUCAGAUCAUAAAAUGUGUCUCUUGUCCAUAAAGGUAGGAAAAGGGGCGAUGUCCAGUGGUGGGCUGCUGCCAGUUCGGACUGGUUCGGGCGAACCGGUAGUUCCAAUCAGGGUGGCCCCACCCACCCACCCUGGCGCUAUCACGUCCUAUACAAUUGCCGGUUUUCCGAUGCCACGAUUUGCAAAUGUGAGCACGUGCACACAGAGCCGCCGCACAUGCGUAGUGCCUUCCAUGCAUGCGCAGAGCGUCAAAAACAGGGCGUGAUUACAUCUGGGUAGAUAGGAAGAGUCUCCCGCCGCCGCCACUACCGGAUUUCCCAAAUCGGAUCGAACCGGCUGAAUACCAACAAUGCUGCACACGCUCACUCACAUUUUCUGUUCCGGGCGAACCGGUUGGUAUAAGGGCAGCAGCCCACCCCUGACGAUGUGUCUUUUGGGAUCCACUCUUUAAAUCAGAUUUCGAAUUUCCCAACCUUGCUGAUUUCCAAGGAUGUGAAACUUUCAAGCCCAGAAUUCCACAGCCAAUAUGGCCGUUGAUGGGAAUUCUGGGAGUUGAAGUCCGUUUCAGUCCUGGAGGCCAUUUUUUGUUGAUUUCCACAUAUGUGAAACUUUCAAGCCCAGAAUUCCACAGCCAAUAUGGCCGUUGAUGGGAAUUCUGGGAGUUGAAGUCCGUUUCAGUCCUGGAGGCCAUCUUUUGGUGAUUUCCACAUAUGUGAAACUUUCAAGCCCAGAAUUCCACAGCCAAUAUGGCCGUUGAUGGGAAUUCUGGGAGUUGAAGUCCGUUUCAGUCCUGGAGGCCAUUUUUUGGUGAUUUCCACAUAUGUGAAACUUUCAAGCCCAGAAUUCCACAGCCAAUAUGGCCGUUGAUGGGAAUUCUGGGAGUUGAAGUCCGUUUCAGUCCUGGAGGCCAUCUUUUGGUGAUUUCCACAUAUGUGAAACUUUUCAAGCCCAGAAUUCCACAGCCAAUAUGGCCGUUGAUGGGAAUUCUGGGAGUUGAAGUCCGUUUCAGUCCCGGAGGCCAUCUUUUUCUUUGGAUCUUCAGGGCUGCCAAAUUCAGGGGUGUUACUUGGAACCCUGAGAGUCCGUACACCUCGAAGUUGCCCAAAUUGUGGAAUAUUGCUUUAGACCCUUAUUCAUUACUGAACACAUGAGAUAAAUAGUGAAUUGAAGAUCAGGUGAUGUCGUUUUAAGCAGAGAGAGAGAGAAAAUAACCAGAGAAUUUUUCAGUAUCUUAAGAAUUCUUUUACAAGUCAGGGGCUUUCAAUGUUGGCCACUUUAAGACUUGUGGACUCCAACUCCCAGAAUUCCUCAACCAUGCAACUUUAAGACUUGUGGACUUCAAUUCCCAGAAUUCCUCAGCCAGCCAUGCUGGUUUGGGAAUUCUGGGAGUUGAAGUCCGCAAGUCUUAAAAGUUGAGAGCCCUAGACAAGAUUACUCAUUGAAUGUUCACAUUUUCCUCUAAGUUGCUCUCACCUUAACCCGGAGAUUCUUAAGCAUUGUGGUGACCAUCAUCCCAGAAAAAUAAACUUUUAAGUGAACUUUCCUAUAUAUAAAAUAAAUGAUUUGAUUGGGGUUAGGGUUGGGCAAGAAAUAAAUAGACCAAUUUUAAUCAUUAGGUUUUAUGAUACCAAACAGAACAAGGAGAGGGACUUAAAAGGCCAACUUGAUUCCUGACAACCUCAUGGACCAAUUGAUUUCCUCGUGGUGCCCCAUCCAGGUCUGAUUUGACUUAGCUUCUGAGCCCACAUAAAAUCAACACUGCCGUCUUUUUUUUUUUUUUUUAUAAAAAGUUUUAUUUUUACAAUCAUAUCAAAUAAUUCAUCCAAUGUACAGUUAUAUACAAUUAGUCGGGCUUGCCCAGUCACCACCCCCCUUUUUAACACUCUUCCCUCUUCUACCUUCUUCUACUUUCCAGACCUUCCUCUCCUUCUCUUAUCUACAUCCUCUCCUCCCUCCACCCUCCACCUUCCUUCUCCCUCUUCUACCCCUCUUCCUACACUGCCGUCUUUAAAACACUGAUACAAGGGUACAACUAUAUAAAAUACAGGUAGUCCUUUACUUACGACCGCAAUUGAGCCCCAAAUUUUCGUCGCUAAGCAAUAUAGUAGUUAAACAAGCCACAGUUCUUCCUGCCACAGUUGUUAAGUGGAUGACUGAAGUUGUUACGGUUGUUAAGCGAAUCUGGCUGCCCCGAUGAUUUUGCUUGUCAGAAGGUCGUAAAAGGGGAUCACAUGACCCCAGGAUACUGCAACCCUCCUAAAUACAUGCCAAUUGCUAAGCGUCGGAAUUCUGAUCAUGUGACCACGGGGAUUCUGCAACGGUCGUUAAGUGUGAAAAAUUGUGAUGAGUCACCUUUUUUUUUUUGGGUCCAGUCACGUCGUUAACUACUUUUUAAUUUUAUUUGUCCCCUCCCAGUAAUCAGAACUGGGUCGUUAAGUAUCUUUGGAAGGGGUCCGGCAUAACUUCGAAUAGUCACAGCGAGGACAAUUAACCCGUGGAACAGCUUGCCUCCAGAAGUUGUGGGUGCUCCAUCAUUGGAUGAUUUUAAGAAGAGACUAGACAGUCACUUAUCUGAAAUGGUAUUGGUUCUCCUGCUUGAGCAGAGAGGGUUGGACUAGAAGACCUCUAAGGUCCCUUCCAGCUUAUUCUAUUUUUUUUUUUUAUUUACAUUUAUAUCCCGCCCUUUUCCGAAGACUCAGGGCGGCUUACAGUGUAUAAGGCAAUAGUCUCAUUCUAUUUGUAUAUUUACAAAGUCAACUUAUUAUUCUAUUCUAUUCUAUUUUUUUUUAUUUGCAUUUAUAUCCCGCCCUUCUCCGAAGACUCAGGGUGGCUUACAUUAUGUCAAGCAAUAGUCUUCAUCCAUUUGUAUAUUAUAUUACAAAGUCAAUUUUUAUUGCCCCCAACAAUCUGGGUCCUCAUUUUACCUACCUUAUAAAGGAUGGAAGGCUGAGUCAACCUUGGGCCUGGUGGGACUUGAACCUGCAGUAAUUGCAAGCAGCUGCUGUUAAUAACAGACUGCAUUAGCCUGUUGAGCCACCAGAGGCCCUAUUCUAUUCUAUUCUAUUCCAUUCCAUUCCACUCCAUUCCAUUCCAUUCCAUUCUUCAUGAUCUGCUGUCUCAUGAGAUGUGAAGAAAAGCAGAUUAUAAACAGUUUCAUGGCUGCCCUGUUCAUCCCAGUCAAAAGAUUGAGGAGCACCGGGCCGCAGGUUCUCCGAGGUGUAGGUGCCUACAGAGGGAUGGAGAAGAUGGGAAGAUGCCUCCGUUGAAUAGGAGGUCACCUAGUUUGGGUAAUGAAACAUCUGCAAGAAAACCACCGAGCUGUGAGAGCACCAAAAACCUCCUGGGUUGAGUGUCCUUUAGAGCAAGGGUCUCCAACCUUGGCAACUUUAAGCCUGGCGGACUUCAACUCCCAGAAUUCCUCAGCCAGCUUUGCUGGCUGGGGAAUUCUGGGAGUUGAAGUCUGCCAGGCUUAAAGUUGCCAAGGUUGGAGACCCCUGCUUUAGAGACUCCAUCAACUGAACAUGCACAGCAAAACCUACCCAAUUAGAAGACCUUCUGACCUUUUCCUGACCCUCCUGGGUAUCAGAGGACCAGAUUACAGUCCUCAACUUGCAAUAAUUCAUUUAGUGGCCUUUCAAAGUUACAGCGGCACUGAUUUACGGCCGUUUUUCAUACAACCGUUGCGUCAACUCCGUGGUGUCGCGUGAUCGAAAUUCGGCCGCUUGGCGAGCGUCUCCUAUUUACGACGGUGGCAGUGUCUCAGGGUCAUGCGAUCGAUCGCCUUUUGGCGACCUCCCGACAAAGCAAAGUGGUCGGGGAAGCCAGAUCCACUCAACCACCGCGUUACUCACUCAGCAACCGCCGUGAUCCGCUUAACAACGGUCGCAAGGAAGGUCUAAAACAGGGGCAAAACUCCACUGUUUUUGCUGAGCCAUGGAAAUUUUGGGCUCCAUUGCGGACGGAAGUCGAGGAUACCUGCAAAGAUCGACACAAUUUGUUUGUUUUUUUGAAGACAGGGUUCAUUCAGGUAACGGAUGAAUUAUAGCAUUGGCCAGAUUUGUGUCACUAUUUAGGUAUUAAGAGAGUUUUGUUUUGUUUUUUGGACAAGGACAAUUUUUUGGGUCUUUUUGUCCAAGAAACAACGAUGUUUAUUAUUUUGCUGGGAAUGUCCUAAAUCGAACGAUUGGCAAGAGGCUGGGUGUUCUUUUUAUUUUAUAUUUUAUUUUGCUUUUCCUCUGGGGGUAUGGGAAGGGGGCGAUGUUUAUUUCCUUACAAAAACCCUUAUUUUCAAAAUUAUAUAUAUAUAAAUAGAUGUACAGUAUGUUUUUGUCUCGUGGUAUUCGUGUUUGAGCUGAAUGUUCCUUCCUCUCUCUUUUUUUUAGCCACUGUGGUUUCCACAUCCUUAAAUUAUUAAUUUAUUCCAUGUGAGCUGCAGUUGAAAGACGAGGACAAUCGUCCUGCGAAACCGAAGUUGCGCUUAACUUAGUUCCUACUUUAAAAAUUAACCACUUGCUGUUAAUAAAUGUGAUAUACGGCUGAAAAGGAAUACACUACUUUGCUCUCGUGUGUUUAAUCGCCACAAUUAGGAGCCUAACCGCUCCCGAAAUGGGUUGGUUAUAAUUUUUUCGAUAAGCAAUAAUUUGGUGAAGGACUUUUCAUAGGUGCGCGGAGAUGUUACGAGCACGAGGGGUGGUAUUGACUUUACCUUCGCUACCGGUUCGCAAAUGCGGGCUUCGCUCGCACACGCCGCCUCUGCGCAUGCGCAAAGCGUCAAAAACUGUACGUGAUGAUGUCCGGGCAGGUGGGCGGAGCCUCCUGCAGCCACUGCUACUGGUUUGCCCAAACUGGAUAGACCCAGCUGAAUACCACCACUGAUGAGCACCCUGUAAGAACAGAUAGUGGAAUACCAGGUAGUCCUCGACUUAACGACCACAAUGGAGCCCGAAAUUUAUGUGGCUGAAGCAGGGGUGAAAUCUGUGGGCGUGGCUUAAUCGGUGGGUGUGGCUUGGUGGUCAGGUAACUGAAUGAGCAUGGCCAAUAAUAAUAAAUAAUAAAAAUAAUAAACAAAGUAUACAAAACUUGGGAGCGCACCAGUCUAUCUUCUUUAAAAAUAGAGGCACGGUCUACUAAUUGCCUUUUUUGGGGAGGCACUGGUCUACCUUCUUUAAAAAUAGAGGCACUGGUCUACUAAUUGCCUUUUUUGGGGAGGCACCGGUCUACCUUCUACAACAUUGUUUUCUGGCAAAGCUCAAAUGCCUUUGCUGGUCUGUUUUAAGCCUAAUGGGAGGGGCCAAUCAUCUCUUGGCCUUACUCCUGAGUUGUCCUUUUUGCUUGAGCUGCUCUUGCCUUCUGGCAGUUCUUCUCAUGUGUGCAUUAGGAACAGGCUCUCCUGUUCCUCUGCCUCACUACUAUCAGUCUCUGGAGGCUCUGGAGUCCGCACCUCACUUCCCGAUGGCCCUGGCCCCACCUCAGCCUCAUUCCUGUCCGACUCCGUUGCCAGCUCUGUAGGCUGCUGACAGACCACAACAAGGUCAUAAAAAGUGACCCCGUGACCCCCGGGAUAUUGCAACCGUCAUAAAUACAAGUCCGUUGCCAAGCGUCUGAAUUUUGAUGAUGUGACCACGGAGACGACGCAACGGUCGUAAGUGUGAAAAACGAUCGUAAGUCACUUUUUUUUCCAGAGCUCUUGCAACUUUGCAGGGUCACCCAGAGAACUGUUGUAAGGCGAGGAUUACCUGUUUUACCUUUUUAAACCACUGCAACAGAGGUGUAGCCUCCCACAUCUUCUGAAAGCCCAGGUGUUUUAUUCCCAUAAUAGCAGAUGCGUCUUCUAAAAGUGAGCGAGCUUUGAUCCAACGCCUAAAGAACUGCCAGAGAAAUCUUGAUGCUUAAUAGCAAGAGCACUUAGACUUACAUACCGCUUUAUAGCCCUCUUUAAGCGGUUUACAGAGUCAGCCUCUUGCCCCCAACAAUCUGGGUCCUCAUUUUACCCACCUCGGAAGGAUGGAAGGUGGAAUCAAUCUUUAACCGGUCAGGAUCGAACUCCUGGCAGUCAGCAGA